AUGGCGUCUCCCGUUUCUCAUCGACGGCUUGUCGCCCACAUCGUCUAUCGAACUCUCUACCUUCUUCUCUACGUCUGUCUUCUAGGACUGCUAAUAUCUACCCCUGCCGACGCCAUUCAUCGCUCGUUCCAAAACCGACAGCUCUACAACAUCUGGAUCGUCGCCGCCGCCUACGUUCUCGCCAUUGUCAUCAUUUCCUUCGUCUUUAUCACCCGUCUAUAUAUCAACAAGACCGAUCUUGGGUCGAUACCGAAAGGAUGGGUACCAAUCGAGAAGGGGGAUCUUCGCUCGGCUGUCUAUAAAGUAAUUGCGCUGGGUCUCGGGCGAAGUGCAUCGAUCGCAUACGAAUCGCGCCCCAGGCUUCAAACAGACAACGCGCCACCGGAUGACGAAACUGUCGAAACAAGGGUUAAGCUGGGUUUUGAUGGUCCCAGUGGUCCGGCGGAGGAGUUGGUGGUGGUGAUUCCUCGUAAAAAGCCUGUUUGGGGUGAUAUAGAACAUUAUGGAUGGUCCUCACCCAACGCUCCGGACUUACCGAACCUCGAAUACAACGCUGUCUUUUCAGAGCUGCCUAAUUUGAUCGAGGGCAAGGCUUUGACUCUUGCACCUCCUGACCCGACCUCCGAUACGAACCCGCCUUUGCUGGACCCAGACGCUGUAGCUCUUCUGCAGCGAACCGCCAAUAUGAGCCUUCGCGAUUACGUAGUUCAUCUGGCUGAGUUGGGGGUCAUCGAGAUGGAUUCUACCACUAUCGAAUUUCUUUCACACUACGAAUACGCACGCUUCUCGAAUCGACCAAUUUCCAAUGCUCAGUUUAAGGAGCUUAUGCAUCUUUUUGCCGAGAUUCUUCGCGCCAUGGAACCCCUGGAUCCAGAUAUUCUGGACGAACAAGAUGACACGUCUUCACCCUCUACCGAUGGCGAUGACGAUGCUAGAUCAAGGCUGAGCACCUCUCGCAGUAAUUUGGCUCCCUCAGACGCCAGCAUCAGCAGCUCUGCUCGGAUACGGCGCCAACCAUCCACGAAUACCUGGAACGUUUAUGAGACUGCUCCUAACAGUGUAAGGAGCGGAUUUACAGGGCCAGGGUCUAUAUCACGAAGACUUAGCAAUAAUAGUCUUGCUCGAAGUCGGCGUCAUUACCCCAUGAGCCAACCAUCAACCUCCAGCCUUCGAUCCAAGUCAUCAGCUAGCUCAGGGUCUGUUAUUCGACUCGCGACACGGCACGACUCGACAGAUCUACCUUACGUUCUCAGCUUGAGAGAUACGACGGCUAGCUACUAA